UUCAUCACCAGAGAGCGACUAACUGCUGAAUAAAUAUUCAGAACCAUCGUCCAGGAGGAGGAAGAGACCGAGCAUCAGCUCAGACUGCUGGAUAGCAGCUGGAGAACCCGAACCGGGUCAGAACCUCCAGAUCUUUAUCAUCAUCAUGUCUUUUACUACAUGGAAGGUUGUCGCUGAUCAGUUUCUCAUUACUGAAGAGAGGAACUCUGUUCUUGAUCAAAAGAUAUCAGACAUUACAGGAUUGAAAGAGGAAUGGGAGGAACCAGAACCAAAGAAGAUGAUGGAGACAAAAGAGGAAGCAGAACCUAAAUCAAUUAAUGAAAAACAGACUGAACUGUGUUUAUUCCAGGAUGAAGGGCAGCUUUUAGUGAAGCAGGAGAGCAAAGCCUCUAUGGUGCCUCCUGCUUGUGAAGAAAUAUUUAAUCAUGGACCAGAACUAAAAAUUGUUCAGAUUAAGGAAGAACAGGAGGACCUCUGCAGUAAUCUUGAUGGGCAGCUUUUAGUCAAGCAGGAGAGCGACACCUUCAAGGUGACUCCUGCAUACGAGGGAAUAUUUCAAAGAGAACCAGAACUUUUAAAGACUGAACAAGAGGAACCAAAACCAAGGCAGAAGAUUGAGACCAAAGAAGAACCAAAAUCGUGGGCAAUUAAAAAAAAACACCAACCUGAAAUUUCUGAAGGGCAACUUUUAGUGAAGCAUACGACAGAUCCCUUAAUUCUGACACCUACUGUGGAUCAAGAAGACUCCAGUGAACCAGAAAGAAUCAAGAAUAAUCUAAUCUGUUUAACCUGCCCUGAGGCUGAAAACCAACAUCAACAAGGAAGCAAUGAGCAGGACUCCAGAUCAAAUAAAGAGACAGAACUAAAGCCAGAGGAGAUAUGCAAAAAAAAACAAAAACAAGGUGAAAAUGUGGACAACUCAAGAUUAAUAAGGCCUAAAAAGAAAUUACCCUUAUGUGAAGUAUGUGGCAGGUGUUUCACUACUCGACAAAUAUUAACCGUGCAUAUGAGAACUCAUACAGGAGAAAAGCCGUUUGCUUGCAAACUCUGUGAUAAAUCUUUCAUUAACAGCAGUAAUUUGAUUUGUCACAUGCGAACCCACACAGGCGAGAAGCCUUUCUCAUGUUUGACCUGUGGGAAAGGUUUCCCCAGACAACCUGCCUUGACUGCUCAUAUGAGAACUCAUACAGGUGAAAAACCGUAUCCUUGUGAGUUGUGUGAAAAAUCUUAUCGAGAUCGUAGUAAUUUGGUGCGACACAUGAGAACUCACACAGGUGAGAAGCCGUAUUCUUGUAAAGUGUGUGGUAAAUCUUACAGCGGCAGUAGUCAGUUGACAUAUCACAUAACAACCCACACAGGUGAGAAGCCUUUCUCAUGUCUUACCUGUGGAAAAGCUUUCAACAAGCAAAGUACCUUAACUGUGCACAUGAGAACUCACACAGGGGAGAAACCAUACUCUUGUGAAAUAUGUGAGAAAUCUUUUAGAGAGAAUAAUGAUUUGACUUGUCAUAUGAGGACCCACACGGGUGAGAAGCCAUAUACCUGUGAAUUGUGUGAGAAAUCGUUCAGGUGGAGAAAUGUUCUCAAUCGGCACAUGAGAAUUCACAGGUAAGAGGCCAAUGUGUCGAGAAUUAUAUGAUGAAUUUUUCUGUCAGAUGCUUAUCAAACACAAAGAUUUAAGUCUUUAGUAUGUUCUACAAAUUUAAAAACAUUCAGUAUUUGGCAAGGACAAAAGUCAUUAUUUUAUUAUUAAAGCAAUCAUUCCACCCUCUGUAUUUGCAGUUACAUCAUCAUGAUACUGAUAAUAAAGGACCUUUUUGGAAAA